GGGGGAGGGGGGUCCCCUGCAGACAAUGUUACCAUACCCACCCCGCUCCACAAACACCAAACUGAUCAUCAUUCAUUCAUCACCUUCUCUCCAAACCCUAGUUUACAGGAAUUCCGAGACUUCCAACUUUUAUAAUUCGGGUUCACUAGCUAGCGCUAUCAUGUUUGAUCAGGAAAGCAAGCUUCCCAGCUCCCAUUUUCAGAGAUUCAAUCCCACCUUCAGCUAUGAGAAUUACAGGAGUAGCUUGAGUGGUGGGGGGAUCCAGUUUACAGCCCGAGGUAUGGGUGGGGGUGAGGAUGAGUCGAGUGGUGUGUGUUCGCCGCCUUUGUGGAAGAACACGAAUUACCGGCAACUGUCGCCGAAUUCGAGGGCUCAGGCAAUAGCCAGAGGGCAGUGGGAGCUCAUGGAGAUGGUGAAGAACAUGCCGGAGUCUAGCUACGAGCUCUCUUUGAAGGAUCUGGUCGAGCAGCCACCGAGAAUGGAAGCCAAGGAAGAGCGCUUGGUUGGAGAGAAAAUUGGUUUUGGUAGAAAGAGCGAAAGCCAAGAAGGGAAGAGGAUCAAAAGAAAAGCGAAGAUGGUGAGAAGCGGAAGCGUCGAGAAUGGAGGGUUGCUUCUGAAAAUGGUGUUUCCGCUUUCGUUGGGAUAUUCGAAGAAGAGGAACAGCUCGGCAGCUAGCACUGCCUGUUCGAGAGUUUCGCCGAAGCCUGAGCCGGCGGAAUGGUGGAAGAGAAGGCUUUCGGGUUUAAGUGAGAGCGGUAGCAGCGGCGGCAGCAGCCGGAGCAGCAGCCUGAGCGGCAGCACCAGGAAGAGUAAUGGGUAUUGGGCGGGCUGCUGGUCCUUCAUCCCACGGAGAAAUAAAAGAAAUGAAAAGUGAAGUGGGCACAAGCAAGCCUGAUGAAUUUUCUGCCUGCUGUUGCUGUUGUUUAUUAGAUGAAGGGGGAAUUAUUACUAUUAAUAUCAACAUGAUAGAGAUUUGGAGAUGCAUGUUUGACCAAUAUUGUGUAUGUACAUAUUAUCCCUUUACCAUUAUUAUUUUUUUUUAA